CCACUACCAAGUAAAUGUCAAAAAAAUUACACACGACACACGGUUUUUUGAUAAUGUUGAGCGAUUGCCUAAAAAGUUGAGGGAUUUAAUCAAUUAAAUUGUAUAAUGACUGAAGAUCAAGAUGCUAAAGAGUCACAGUCAGAUUCGGGCAGUAAAACAUUUAUUAAUAAGAACAAGGACAAGAAAACAAAAACCCAACGGCCGCUGACCAAAAUAAUUCUUCGGCGUCUGCCGCCUACUAUGACUGAGGAAGCAUUCUUGGAGCAGGUUUCACCAAUACCUGAACAUGACCAUUUCUAUUUUGCCAAGCCAGAUCCUUCGCUUGGCAAUAACCUAUAUUCCAGAGCUUACAUAAACUUUGUUAACGUUGACGAUAUUUACUUGUUUAGAGAUAAAUUUGAUGGAUAUGUGUUUCUUGAUGAAAAAGGUGUGGAAUAUGUGGGAAUAGUGGAAUAUGCACCGUUCCAGAGAAUACCUAAGAAGAAAAAGAAGAAAGAUCCAAAGUGUGCCACCAUAGAGUCCGACCCAAUCUAUCAAGACUUUGUUGAAGGUCUCAAAAAGGACCCGGACACUGAAAAUCAACCCAAGCUUGAGUAUUCUUAUCCUGUUAAUGAUGCAAAUGACAAGAAGGUACAAUCCACUCCUUUGCUUGAAUACCUGGCCGCUCGCAAACAAGAUAAGAGGGGGCGAGACGAGCGCCGCAGGAGGGAGAAUGACAAGAGGAAAAUGAGAAUUGAAAGGAAAACCAAAGAAAACCCCAUUAAGGAAGAAGAAAUUGGAGAGGGUGAGGUUAAGAAAAUUAAAUCCAGGGAAUGGGAAAAGGAGAAGGCGAGUGACGCACGAGAUGACCAGGUGAAGUCUGAUAGCAAAGAUGGAUCUGUUUUUGAAUCUAAAUCAUUUAGAGACCAGAGGAAAACUGGGGUUAAUGUUUUAAGUGACAAGAAGAAGAAACUUGAGACUGAUAAAAAGGACGGGCCUAUCAGAGACGAUGAUCAAGGCGACGAUUCUGACAAGGGGUACAAAAAGGAUAAACGGGAGAAGUAUAAAGACCCACUUCGUGAGCAAAAGAGUAAAAAGUACAGUGACACUAGAAAAGAGAGAAUCAAAAAUGAAUUUGGGAAAUCGGACAAACAAUCAGCUAUAAAUAAAAUCAUGUCAUCUGACAGCAAAGUGAAGUCGAUAAACCACGACGAUAUCAAACCAUUUACUCAACUGCCGCACGUAAAGACUGAUGACUUAACUAAAAUCAUUGAGGGUAUGGAUAAGAAAGUUAAGCUAAAUGAUAGUAGUAAAGAUUCUAAUGACGAAGCAAUCACUAAGAACUCAUCUGUUGGUGUGUCAAAGAUGAGGAGAAACAGUUUGGAGUCAGGGGAGCUGCCGGUCAAGGACGACAUGGUGUUGAAGAGGCAGAACUCUCUUGAUGACAGAAGUAAAUCAACAGACAGAGAGGGUUCAGAGGAAAAAGAGAAGAGUGAAAGUGGAGAUCGACGUACUGAAAGGAGAAUUAGGAAUAAGGAUCGUCCGAGCCUCGUAAUCUACCAGCCAGGCAUGGGCAAGUUUAGUAAACAGCGUCUCGCGAAGGAGAAAGACACACAGCCGCCAACCAAAUCUGUUAACGAUAGUGAAAAGAAAGACACCUGAAAUUAAUGUCAAAUUACCCUAAACUUGGACAACAUUCAACGGAAUUACCCUGAAGCUGGCAUCCAACACGUGUCCUGGCAGACUCAGUAGAUGAGGACAUUUGAAUGUGCCAACUGAAGGAACCACUGCUCGUGUUUACUCAGCUGUUGUUUUUAUUGAUUUGUUUAGUUUACAUACAUUUCGAUUGAGUUGGAGAUGUUUUAACACAAAAAAAUCAACAUAGCAUUUAAUGCAACAUAUUUUUAGCUUGUGACGAUUUAAUUCAGUUUGUUAAUUUCAUUUAAAUAUAAUUAAUUUUUGAAAUGGGG